AUAAAACUUGUUUUUUCUUAUCCAAAAUUUCCCUUUUGUCUUAUCAAAUUUGGGCAUUAUAAAAUGAAGAAAAAAAUAAGGGACAUACUAGUCAUUUCCAUCGAUCUCCAAAAAAUUCGACCUACAAAAUUGCGCCCUGCCCUUCUUCGAUUCAAAACCCUUCUUCAUUUUUCACUUUCUCUCAUUCUAAACCUUCAAAAGCCUUCUUCAUCUCCCGCUCUUAUCAUCUCACUUCCUUUCUUUCAAUGGCGAUGACAAGAAGAGCGGCUGCUGCGGCUGAUUAUGCUGCAGCUGUUGCUGCUGUUGACGCCGAUGAUUAUUCUGCUACUGUUGCUCCUGCUGAUUAUGCUGGUGCUGCUGAUUGUGUUGUUGUUGCUGCUGAUUAUGCUGCAGCUGUUGCUGUUGUUGUUGCUGCUGAUUAUGCUACAGCUGUUGUUGUUGUUGCUGCUGCUGAUUAUGCUGCAGCUGUUGCUGCUGUUGACGCCGCUGAUUAUGAUGCUGCUGUUGCUGCUGCUGAUUAUGCUGGUGCUGCUGAUUGUGCUGUUGCUGCUGGUGAUUAUGCUGUUGUUGCUGGUGCUGCUGAUUAUGCUGGUGCUGUUGAUUGUGCUGUUGCUGCUGCUGAUUAUGCUGCAGCUGUUGCUGCUGUUGACGCCGCUGAUUAUGAUGUUGCUGUUGCUGCUGCUGAUUAUGCUGGUGCUGCUGAUUGUGCUGUUGCUGGUGCUGCUGAUUGUGCUGUUGUUGUUGCUGCUGCUGAUUAUCCUGCUGUUGUUGAUGGUGCAGAUAGCUCGAAUUCGUCAGCACUUCCUUCCAUGGAUCGUCUCAGAGAUGAACUUUCAUGUGCAAUUUGCUGGGACAUCUGCUAUGAACCAAGCACAACUCCAUGCGGGCACAAGCUGAUGUUACUAUGUUAGAUGAAACCGAAGGAAGAAUAAAUGUUAGUUACUUGGCUCGAGUUGCUUAGGGUUGAUGUUAGAUGAAACGGAAGCCAGAAUGCGAGCCAGGGAUUAAGAUCCAACUAAAAGGCAUAGUUGAUGGACAAUUUUGAGGUUCAGUAACCAAUAAAUGUACUACCAUUUUGUUUGUUCUAUGUAUCAAUAAACUCAUGUUUUCUUCUUUGAAUGUAUCAAUAAGCUCAUGUUUUCUUCUUUGGAUGUAUCAAUAAGCUCAUGUUUUGUUUUCUUCUUUGGAUCUAUGAAUAAGCUUUUUACUUCAA